GGUAUGUGGACACACUGAAACGUUAAUCAUUUCCCCCCUGCCGGCUGCCCGUGUAUUAGCGUGCGUGUGCUAUAGUGUUUCGUUUGCGUUAUAGUUUUCGGUGAGAAACGAAAUACAAUUUCUGACCCACACCCGGUCCACGUUUUCUGCGAAGAGUUUAACCCGCACGAGACGAAAACGAGAUGAAAACGGACCGCGCACGUCGCUGAUCGUAUGUAAUUGGGUUUUUCGCUUAUGCCAUUAAACUGUUCGGCGGCGACGGACGACUGUUUUGCACACCACCUCGACAAUACCUCUGAUAGCGCGUGCGUUUCGACGGGAAUUCGCCAUGAUAACGACCGAAGUAUCAAAAACUGCGAUUAGUGCAGCCGCCGCAGGCUUCGCAGGCCUAUGUUUUGUCGGUUAUUGCAUUUAUUUCGACCGCAAACGUCGCAGUGAUCCUAAUUUCAAAUCAAACCUGCGUAAAAAGCGUCUGAUGGCCAAAGAACAAGAACAAGCUGCGCGCGCCGCCAAAUCAGCGUUCCCGGACUUCUCGGACCAACAGGCCGUGCAAAGGUUCUUUUUGCAGGAGGUACAAAUGGGAGAGUCGUAUUUGGAACAAGGAGACGUGGAAAAGGGAGUAGAGCACUUAGCUAAUGCCGUCGUUGUCUGUGGGCAGCCGACUGAACUGUUGAACGUGCUGCAACGGACGUUACCGGAACGCGUGUUCGAGUUGCUCAUCAAAAAACUGCCGGAGCUGGGCAAAAAUCUCAUGAGGAGACCGCAAACAGGUCCAGUCAUUAAGGAGUUAGACGUAUCCGACGUCGAAUAGUAGACACUAGCAGCGAUGAGACUCUGCCACUUAUUUUUUUUCAUAUAAAAAUUUCUUAGAAAAACUUGUCGGUUAGUUUAUAAUAUAUAUUAUAUAAAUAAGUUUAUAGUGAACGAGCGUCUGUUGUAUGUGCCUAUUUUUAAAGGCUAAAAAACAUACUCACAAGUAUUUUAAUAAAGUCGUUAUAUAUAAGUAGUUUGUGGUUGUUGUUUCAACACACUAUUCAGAUUUGUUUACCAAGUAAAGUGUAUUUGUUAACGUUUUCUUUUUCUUUUUUAAAUACGACACUUGAACUGGUGUUAGUUUUUUAUAUACGUUUAUU